ACUCUCCUUCCUGCAGGACCCAGAAUCCCCUGCGCGGAGUCAACAUGGACGAGCCCAGCUGCUGCGGGAGAACAAUGUUUUGGCUCUAGACACUCGAACGCACCGCUAAAGGUGGGACUGCGGUGGCCAGAACAGUGGCUCGUUGUCAUGCACCGAAUGACACUACCUUGUGGCCCAUAGUUUUCCUGCCCAUCACCUUUCACCAUGAGCCUCAUUCAAGACAAACUUGGAAACGAGUUCCUGCGCUCCAACGGCAGCAUGGACUCCAACUUCGGCCCUGGGAUGAUCAUGUUCAGCCACCUACCUCCGGUCACCAGCUUCACUCGGCUCGCCGCCCAAACCGUGAUGCAAGACUUGCCUCCAGCAGAGAUGAUCUUAAAGAAGGAGCGCGACUCUCCAGACUGCAGCAUGGGCCUACAGAACAGCACCAUGAACUGUUCCGGGGCUGGCGACUACGUUCACUCCAUGGGCAUCAAGCAGGAGAAGAUGUCGGAGCACGAUUACCGGUUGCCCUUGUACCCCGGAGCCCUGGGCAAGAGCGCCGACCUGCUGGAGGUGACUGUGGGCAGCAGCCAGAGCCUCAUGGUGCACGACCUCAACAUGGGCAGUCUGCCGAGUCAGUUAGGAAAAGAGCCCAGUGGGAAGAAAGGUCGGAGGUCAAACGGUGAUGGACAGGAGGGUAAACCCAGAAAGAAACGCAGUGAAAAGCAGUCGAUGAUGCUGGAUGCAGACGGAGGCAGCCUUUCACCAGGAACCAAGCCUCACAUCUGCGAGCACUGCAACGCCGCCUUCAGGAGCUCGUACCAUCUGCGCCGCCAUGUUCUGAUCCACACCGGUGAAAGGCCGUUCAGAUGUAAUCAGUGCAACAUGAGUUUCAUUCAGAAAUAUCUGCUCCAGCGUCAUGAGAAAAUCCACAGUGGAGAAAAGCCAUUCAGCUGUGACCAGUGCAACAUGCGCUUCAUUCAGAAAUAUCACAUGGAGCGGCACAAGAGGACGCACAGCGGAGAGAAGCCGUACAGAUGUGAGACCUGCCAACAGUAUUUCUCUAGGACUGACCGGCUCCUGAAGCACAAACGCACCUGUGGAGAGGCGGUGAAGAAAGGGCUGGACCCCGGGAUGAUGGACAUGGACUGUGUGGACAUGGGACAUGGCAGCUAUGGGAUCACUCAGGGAAACAGCGGCAGCACAGGGCGCAAACGAAGGUCCAAAAAUAACCCCGAGGGAGGGGAGCGCAGGAAGAAGAAGAGCGACGCAGAGAGGGUCCCUCACAUGCAGUUGGCAGUGUCUGGGGACUACAGUAUUCACGAGUAUACUGUGGAGAAUCAGACUGUGUCCUCCACCACAGAGCCGGGGCCCAGCAUGCAGCACCACAGCCGUGCCCCAAAAAUGGCAUUUAAGAAAGCCAACCGCAACAAGGCAGCUCAGGCCAAGCACGCGCCAAUGGAGCAGGGCGGAGCUAUGGACACCAUGAUGCAAGAGAACGGCCCCAAAGCUGGGCCCACAAGUAAUUAUGAUGACGCCAUGCAGUUCAUCAAGAAGAAGCGCUAUCUCCAUGCAGCUAAUAAUGCUAAUAAUGCUAACACCACUGCGCCCGUGGUGUCUGCAGCCACCAGCACUGAGUAUGACGUGGGUCACCUGACCUCUCAGGCCGGUAUGUCCACAGUGAUGGACUCUGACCCUCACCUGAGUCUGGACAGGACGAGCAUCCCAGAUGAAGUGCUGCAGAGCCUGCUGGAGCACUACAGCCAGAAGAGUGAUGGCUCGCACCACGAGGUGUUCGACCUGAGCGAGGCCCACGUGGAGCUGCCAGGGGCGUCUGUGGAGGGCACAGGCCUGGUCCACGGCGACAGUCCCUCUGUGGACAAGAACAUCAUGAUGAACGAGUACUCGCGCUUCCUGCUGCAGGCGCUGGAGCGUACGAGCCACAGUGCCAGUUUCCCGGUGGGUCCCUCCCCUCCAGCGUCCGGCCCGUACACCAGCUCUCACACGGGGACGCCGCUGUAUUCGGACAAGAGCAUCUACACCAGCUCCGCUCUGGACUGUGGCUUCAGUCAGUCUGUGGCGUCGCCUUCGCUGCCCUCCGCGGUGCCAAAGUCACAUUUCACUCUGCUCACCGGCUCGUCUCCUCAGCACAGCUUCCACCUGAGCGGCCUGGAGCCUUCUCACCAGCAGCUCACCCCCUCCCAGGAGCUGACGGAGCAGCUGGACAAAGCCCACUCGUCCACGCCCCCCUCCUCCUACAUGGGCCCGUCCGACCUGAGCGUGUCCAAGGAGCAGACUGUGAAGAGUUACCCCCUGGUGCCCUCUCAGGACCUGACGCCUCUGGACUCGGCCAAGCCUUCGUACCAGAUCGAGAACUUUGCUCAGGCCUUUGGCUCGCAGUUCAAGUCUGAGGGUCUGUCCUACGGCGCAGAGUCGGGCGAGGUGGACCACCGGACGCCCGUGUCUGAAUUCUCAGGGUAUAGUUUGUUGUCUGAUGUCAAUGAGCCAGUAAGUACAGGUUCCAAAACUCCAACAAGCCAAAGUUUCAGAUGAGCCUGAGGGAGAGACACUUCUGUGCUUCUAUUUUAUUAAUAUUGUUAUUUUUUUAAGGGACUUUCUUUUAAUUAUGAUGAUGCUCUGUUUUGUGCCCACGUCUCUCCCACAAUAAGCCUGCGAGGCUCUGCAAAUGCAUUUUAAACUCUUAUUUUAAGUUAAUAAUGUAUUGACUGUUUACUGUUGUCACGUAGUGCUGUUGGCUCUGCUCAUAAGUCAUGAUUUCACACUCCUGUAGUUAGGCGUAGAGUAGCACCACACGUUUUUGUGCUGUUUGAGCAAUCAACUUUACAAUUGUAAAAUAAUAAUAGAAGUAACCAUGAUGGCAGGGAUAGCCCAGAACUGAACUAGCAAAAAGGUUUUGCCUGUUACAAGGUUUAAAGUAUUACUCAGGAAAAGUGCAAAGGAGAAGCCUCAGGGUGCAGGGGCACCCUCCCAGACGAAGUCUAAAAUUUGGGACUUGUUUUGUUACUUGUGGAAUGAGUGUGACAUAAACAGACUGCUGCCAGCUCACUUGAACACUGAAAACACUUUCUUCUUGGCUUUAUAGAGAUUAUGGUACUUUCGUGUCAAUGUGAAACUCAUUUUCUUCAAUAAGGGCCAUAUAUAUAUCUAUAUAUAUUUAUAAGAAUAUAUAUAUUAUGUAAAAUAACAGAUUUAAUCAUUCUGGGGAUCUGCCAGUUAAAGUGGAGGGGGCGAGGGCAGGCUGUGGGGUAAAUGUUGUCCUGGUUAUAUUUUUGGAGAACAAAGUGAUGUUAGGGCUUUUCUUGGGCCAAUAGGGGGUGCUGUUGGACAGCUCUAGAAUGGCCUUCCCCUUCCUGCACUCCUUGUCUUCCUCAGCGGUCUUAUUUCUUUAAAAGAAUUCAAUUAGCACUUUGAGCCGUUGUAAAACAUUGAGUAAAAAAGGCCUCAUUCGGAUCAUUACAGCAGAAGUCACAUGACUAACCGUGGCUGUUUGGGCUUAUGCAGAAGGGACUGGGA